AUGCGUACAAAAGGAAGAAAACACAGAAAAUAUUUUAAUCCUAUAGAAGCUAGCAGUUUUGAGUAGAUUGGAUUUCGAAAAUAAAUUUUCAGUAAUCUCAUCCAAAAUUUUUCUAAAAAAUUAGGCCAAUAACGCGGUUAAAAUUAACAGGAGAGCUUGAGAUUUUUUGCUAUAUUCUAUAUUCAUAUAUAUUUUGAAUUUUAAAGAAAAGCACCUACAAUAGGGGGAUUCCGCAUUCCAAGUUAUUCCACUCCAAAAUUUUAUGUCCGGUUAAGAAAAGAACUUGAUCGAAUGCGAAUAUUUGCGUCAAUUCUUCGCUUUUCGUCUCGUUGUCAACGUUUGAGAGAGUUGGAAUUCUUGACAAGGAGAAGGCACCAUCAACUCAGAAUUAUUUAGUUUCCAAAUUUUAUAGUAGUCUUUCCCAAUUUUUCAGAUUCGUAUUGACUGUAUACAAAAAGCGUCUCCUCCUUUCUCCCUCCUUAUAAUCUUUCCUGAUGGCCACCUUGCCUAAUGGUACAUAUAAGGACAUUCGUUGAGUGGCUGGUCAAAUUUAAAAAAAAAAGGAAAACAAAUUAAUAAACGACUUCGUUCUUGGAUGAUAGACAUAGACGUGUUAAAAACAGUUACAUUUGUUUAUAUCAUAUUUUAGAACCAAUAUUUGUUGCGGUCGUUGUAAAAUUACAUAAACGCCAAAAUUGGUCGUCUGACGAAAACUUCGUUUGUAAUAAGUGACCUUAAAGACGACGACAAAAUGGGAUUUGGUUCGCGUAUGGAUUGCUGUAGGCAGUUCGUCAAGUACAGUUUGAUCGUUUCAAAUUUUAUAAUCUUUGUCGGUGGCGCAACGCUAUUCUGCCUAAGUUUAUGGACCCUAGUGGAUCGUAAUUUUAUGAAUGAUUUGUUGGAUACAAAUUUAUUUUCGGGAGCAGUUUACGUUUUGUUAGUAACCUCGUUGACUAUAUGUGUAUUAUCGUUCGUGGGAUGUGUAGGUGCGAGCAAAGAAGUUAAAUGUUUGUUGCUAACCUAUUUUAUUAUAGUAGUGUUGAUUUUUGUUACUAUGUUUAUCGGUGGUAUAUUGGGUUUCGUUUUUAGAGAGCGAGUACAACAGACUAUGAGACAGAAAUUGCGAUCAUCUAUGAGCUUGUAUGGUAGCCGUCGUGAUAUAACUGAAUCUUGGGAUCAAACGCAAGAACGACUUCAAUGCUGUGGCGUUGAUUCCUGGCAUGAUUGGAAUCGUCUCAUACCGGAAUCGUGUUGUCAGGAGAUAUUUGGUGGCCAACGUAAAGAAUGCACCUUAUUACCAGGUGUUACAAAUUUAUAUAGUCAAGGUUGCUUAUAUGUAACUACUAGCUUUAUGAGAGAUCAUGCCGCCGUCAUUGGAGGCACAGCCAUAGCGGUGGCCAUAAUUAUGAUAUUUGGAAUGAUAUUUUCUUGUCUGUUAUUCACUAUGAUCGAAUGAUGUUUUUCUUCGUUUAUUUAAAUCAGAAUAUCUUUCAAUGGAUUUUCCAUGCGGAAGCCUUUAAUUGCUAAGCACUUAUGUUCAACGUUAAUUUCGCUAAUAUUUAUUGUUAAGACUUAACUUUAUGUACUUACGUUUACUUUAAUUUACUUAAAGCACAAAUUGUCAUCUCUUCUGCUUGGCAUUAUUAUUAAUCAUUUUAGUAUUGUGAAGUAUUGGUUUCGCAUUCCAAACGUAAUUACUGUAUAAGUAGCCGAAAUUUAUUAGUUUAUGUUCAUACGAUUUAUAUCACUUCACAUUAUUUCUCUUAUUUAAAUA